AUGCAUUGUGCUGUAAUCCUUGCAUUCUAUGUGUUGACGGACCACACCAGGUACAAGGCGACUGUUCAAGGCGACUCGCAAAUCCGAGUAUGCGCGUCCACAAAACACGGUAUGAGCUCCUCACAUCAACAGCUCCUUCCUGGGUUGGCUUGGGAACUUCGCGCGAAAAUCAACUCCCUCGUCAAGCAAACCUUCGUCAAACACCACAUUCCUCGUCAAACAUUGGUGUCUGCGCCUAUCAGCCAGGCAUGGUCGCUGCAAGCUAUGGAUUUUAAGAUAUUGUCUGAGGCGACGACAGCAUUCUCUUAUACGCCAAACCACUUCGAGGAGACCACUCUCAAGAAGCAGCUCUGUGGCUGCGAUGAAACGCUCUUGUUCGAGGUCAUCAAGGCUGUCGCAAUCAAGGACAAAACUUCUGGCAAAGGCUUCGUGUUCAAGGCCUGGGCUAGCGACACGCGAGCCAACUUCUGUCAGCGCUAUCAUGUGCAUUCUGAGCCCGAGAUCAAGUCUGAGCCCAAGGAUGACGAGGAGGAGGAGGAGGAGGAGGAAGAAGAAGAAGGAGGAGGAGGAGGAUGUAGAGAACCAGAUGCAUGUCUCCAGCCUGUUGCAUAUUGUACCGUUUGCUAA